AUGAGUUUAAAAUUCCUCAAAGCAAAGCAAAAGAUUGAAGUAAGAGGAGAAUUUACAUAUAACUUUGAGCUUGAAGUGAAAUACGAAGAAACUAAUAUAUCAGCAUUUAUAGCAAAAGCCACAAAUGCAAGUAAUAUCCCAAUUCUUAUGGAAUGCAAAUGAAAAAGAAUAACAGGAGAUAGAACUUAUUUAAUCCCAGGAAUUACUAGCAAGUAAUUGAUAUUUAGUGCUUAUCAGCCUACAUGUGAAGAUAUAGGAUCUUGCAUAGCAGUUGAAGCCUCCCCUGUAGAUCCUCAUGAUGGCCAAGGAACAGCCGAAGCUGUAUGUGGGCAAUUAACAUUAGAUCCCAAUAUAAGGAAAAACUUGGAAUAUAUUUUAUCUAGUGGUACCUCCAAAUUUACCUUAUACUACUCUAGUGAUUUAUUAGACCAUUUAGCAAGGAAUGACGAAGCUGUAUUAGAAAUAAACCAAACGAUGCUUAAAUUAGAAGUUUACCAAAGAGAUGGAACUCUUGAUACAGGAAAUUCGUUUUCAACUUCUUAUUCUAUCGACUAUCCAAAAAUUAUCCUUCAUCACUCAGACAGUAAAAAAUUGAUUUUUAUCUUAAAUGAAGGUGUUGCGGCAAUAAAUGAGACUGAAGAGCUACCUUAUAACAGGAAAAUGUCAGUGCAAUGUAUGUCCAGACAAAACCGAGAUUUAAUUGUGAUGACUGUCAGAGCUUUUGCGGUGAGGAAUUAUUUAAUACACUCUAAAGCAAUUGAUGGGAUGUUUUCUCAAGAACUUCCAAGGAAUACGAGCAUUGACUAUGCAGUUGAGCUUGAAAUUGCUCUUAAUGAGUUGAAUAAUCUGGCAAGUGAAAAUUUUGAAUUAAAUAAAGAUAAAAAAAGGCAAAAAAGAGAACUUAAAGCAUUAGAGGGAGAAAUGAAAGAAACUAUUGAAGCAUACCAAACAAUGCUCAAUUAUCAAAAUGAAGGCGGCAAAGAAACAGAACUGUCUGAAGAAAUUGAAAAGCUCAAAAAUGAACUUAAUAUAGCAAUUGUGAAUAAACAAAAAUUAAGAAAAAAAGUACAAGAAAAAGAAGAAGAAAUAAAAGAUUUAAGAAAAGAAAACGAAAUGCUGAAGGAGAAGCAGAUUGGCGCUGAAAAAGAAUUGGAAAUGAAGAUUGUAAAAGAGCAGGAUCUAGAGAAAUAUGAAGAGAUGGAAAAGAAAAUGAGCACCCAAAUUGAAUUUACUUCUCAAGAGCUGGAGAUUUUAAAUGCCAAAGUUUCAAAAUAUCAAGAAAAAAUUAAAAAUCUGAAAAAUGCGUUAGGGGAAAUGCAGAAAAAAAAUGAGAUAUUAGAGUAAAUUAUAUAUAGAGAGCAAAAUAAAGAGCUAGGAAAAGAAAAAACAGCUCAGCAAGAGAUUGCAAAACUGAAGCAAGAAAAUGAAGCAUUGCUAGGCCAAAGAUCAAUUUUAAGUAAAAAAAUAGGGAGUCUUGAAGAGGAGCUGGAAAAGCUUGAAAAUGAAUUAGAGUCUGAAAAAGAAAGCCAUAGCCAAACUAACUCCCCCCCCCCCCCUCCGUGAGCGAACAAAAAAAUUUUGUUCGCUCACGGAGGGGGGUUAAAUUUUUUUUUUUUAAAAAAAAUUUAUAUAUAAAUUUUAUAAAAAAUAUUUUUUUCGAAAUUUAAAAAAAUCCUAAUUUGCAAAAAUUGGGAAGCAAAUAUUAAUUUAAUUUGCAAAAUUUUAUGUUUUAAAAACGCAAUUUGUUUAAAAUUAAACAGAAUUAGCUCUAGAUUUCAUUAUACUAAUUAUCACUUAUAUAUCAAAAUUUUUUUCCAUUAAAAUUUUUUCUAUUAAAAAAAAUUUUUGUUCACUCACGGAGGGUGGGUUUUUGGUCAAAAAAUGGCGAUUUUUCUAAUGGUUUUGUUCGCUCACGGAGGGGGGGGGGGGGAGUAAGAAAAUGUAUGAGGAAUUAAAUAAAAAUAUUCAAGAAGAAAACAAGCAAGAAGAGCCUAUAAGAAAUGAUAACGAAAUAGAAGAGCUUAGAAACGCUUUGAAAUCAACUGAAGAAGAAGCCCUGAAAUACAGACAACAGUGCGAUUCUUUGUCUGCGCAGCUGAGCAGAGCUCAGGCAGCUGCAAGAAAAAAGAACGGCUCCCUUAUGUCAUAA